AUAUAUGGGGGGUCGAUAUAAACAUAACACAAGGGACGAAGCUCCGAUUCUGGAAAUCCCAGGGCGCCAAUUUCAAAUAUAAAUUAACAACACUUACUUUCAGUCUUUUUUUACGGGAAUUGCUGCUAUCGUUUCGUUAUAAGUUAUAAUUUUCACACAUAUAAUCCUUAAUUGUCCAUCUGUUCUCAUACUCCCCAUUUUAAAGCACUUUGUCGGAAGUUUUUAAUAUUCCCUCCAAAAAAGUGAUGCUAUGGACCGAUGACUGAUAUCGUGUCUUGGUGAGUAAUCGUUAAUUAAUCGCUUUAUGUGUGAUCAGAAAAUUAUCAAACGUAUUCCAUAAUUAGGAAAGGCCUUUUCUAAGUAGAUUGUGAUAUGAUAUAUUCAAUGAUACAACAUUUCUGCGGACCUGCCAAGGUGUUGCGCAACUUCCGGUCCAUAGCAUCACGUGUCCCUGUGUUCAAAUGGAACAUCCUACACAGAUAACUUCACACAACUUAGCGGUACCCGACAGUGCUUCAAAAGGACAUGGAAACACUACCCCCAAAGAAAACCAUGAAAACAAUGAUGACAUAAAGGAUGGAAGGCUUUUGCCUUCCGGUCAUGGCAAUCCCAAAGGAACUCAUCAAGAUGACGGUAACACAAAGGACCAGUGGUUGUGCGCUGACAGUCAUGGGGAUGAUAAACCUGUAAUUCAUCUAAAGAGUCAAAAAGCUGAGAAUGUCAGCCCUCCACAACAGAAACACAAAAACAAAGAGAAACCAUUGCCCGUGGAUGUUUCCAAAGCAAAUAUCAUAGCUACUCCAAAACAAAAGGAUGACAAGGUUAAAGAUUGUUUUCGUUUUAUUGACAACCUAAAGCAAUCCGGAUACCCUUCUGGAGUGGAGCUCGUUCCAGAUAGUGGAAAGCUUGACCUUGGUGAAGACAGAUUGUAUGAAGAAGGCAGAGACUUUACAAUUAUGGAUACUUUUAAAAUGGGCUCCAACGCACUUAAAGUAUGUGUGGUGAAGGACAUACGGACAGGACAUGUACAUGUUCGUAAGACGAUCAGUCUAUCGGAUUUCAGAAAAAAUGAAAUCCAAGCAAUGAUAGAUCUACAAUCUGUAAAGGCCACAUUUGUACCGGAGCCCUACCUCUUUUAUAUCAGAGGUAACUCAGUCCAUAUCCAUAUGGAGCUGAUUGAAAAUGGGACUACACUGAGGGAAGUGAUUGAUUUCAAAAUUAACCGCAUUCGUUCAUCGUAUCGCCAUCUCGUUAGGCCAUUGACCCUGUUCAUACUCCAUGAAGUAAUGUCUGCUGUCUUGAAAAUGCAUGCACGCCCCUGGACACACAAUGGUUUACAUGGUGAAAACAUCAUAAUACAACAACAUGGUAAAAGCAUCAGAUGUUGUUACCUCAUCGACUUUGGUGAAGCAAGUAACUUGAUGAUAAAUGAAGACGAAUACCAGAAGGACAAGGAUUAUCUAGCCAUUCUAGUCGCAGGCCUGUAUACAGGCAAGCAGUUAAUACAUGUCUGGGAUUUGCCUUACAUGAGUUGGAAACAUAUUCUCAUGGAGUCAUCGCUCUUCCAACAGCUGUGUGCAUCUGAACAAAAUGAGCUACUUGACAUCAUUAACAGGAUCCUAAAUAGUAAAUCUCAAACAGAUAGACAACAAAUUCUUGAGUAUCUUCAGCAACAAUUCAUAGACAUAGACAUGGAGACUAUGUUCCAGGCAGUCAAUCCUAUACUGUUUCCGCAGGAUCCUGUCCAAAGUCCUGUUCGUUGCGAGGCCUCGACAACCCACACUUCUUCCAAUUGGGCAAAUUCGUCGUCUACGCCAGAAAUCAAACUGUCGACGUCUAUAACAAGCAGCCAAGGUCAAGCAGCUAAAUGUUCAUGGGGUAAUAAAACCAAAACCACUAAUGACCAGGAGCAAAAUCACGGCACCCCUCCAGCCCCUAGAACAACUGUCGAGAGGGCAGAGAAGGUUCUGAAAACAGGUUGUAUGCCUUUAUUGCUGCCAGCAAGAAGAGCUUGGGGAGAAAAGCAGGUGGACAUAGGCUCAAUACAUUGGCCACCACAAGACUGGAAGAAACUAACUGGAAAAGAAAAGCUUUAUGAAUUGGUGUCUGCCGCCAUUACAUUGGAUGGAGGAGAUACUGCCACGACAAAACCAAACAUCCCUUUCCUUCUCGACAAAUACAACAUGCUCUGUUUACCAGGAACUGACAUUUCCGAUAUGGAGAGCAACGCAAGGAUGUCCAGGUACUUAAAUUUACUGGCAAUAAGAGAAAUUUAUCUUUCCGAAAGUCAUACCACAUGCCAGCUUAACCUACUAAAGCAGGUGGAAGCUACUUGGUUUGAAAGGGAUAAAGCAACAGAUGAUAUCACCAGUCGUCUGGAUUCAGCUGGUGUGGAUCUACAAUUGGGUGAUAUUUAAACAACUGACAGGAGUUUGGCAAGAAACACCCAAGUUGAAUUUCACAUUGAAUGAACAUUCCAAUUUAGAAGGAAAUUGAUGAUUUUCUUUUCAUGAUUGUUUUUUUAAUAUGUUUUAAUCCAGAUAGAAGAGUUCUUUUGAUUUCGGAGAGUUAAAGUAUCCAAUUAUUCUGAUUUUAUUGGGGUGUUUUUGUAUUUUUUCUUGUAGAUAUUUCGUUCCAGACAUGUUUUAUCUUUGUUCUUUUAACGUAAGAUGACCAUUCUUGAAUAAUACAUUAUGAUUCUCUAAUAGGUUUUGCAUGUCGGCAUCUGAUGAGCUUGUGUUUUUUUUUUCAAAAUCACUUACCAUUUGUUUAUCUAUUUUUUUUCUGGAAAUUAUCUUCUUUAUUUUUGACAUUUUCAAUUUAUUUAUUUUUAAAAUCAAGAAUAAAAAAGAGUCACAAUAUCAAGUUAUUUUUUUCCGAAAACUUUCUGAUUUAACUAUUUUUCAAGAAAAUGUUGCUAUCAACUUUCUAUUUUGAACAUUUGAGUUCCUGGUUAACUUAACCUAUUAGAGAAUUAAAUAAUGACCUUGUAGUAAAAAAAAAAAAGAAGAUUUAUAACGUAUCAGUGUAAAGGUGAUGCAAAUCCUACAUGUAUUUUAAUACAAUGUAGCUAGUAACGAUGGAGUUCGACGGGCGUAGAUUGUUCCGCCUCUCAGAAUCAAUGGACGGUAUCCAUCCUUAAACUAAUGGAUGUUUUUUUUAAUUCUUAGAAACACUUGAACCAGCUAAAUGACAUUUCUCAGAAACUUUCCAUGACCUUAUAAGCACCACAGUAAUAAACUGUAUGGUUACUCGGUGGGCUUGAGUUAGAUUCGCUGAUAUAUUAUAAGUCUUCUUCUAAUAUUUCGAUAUUAUGUAGGAUGUUUAGGUCCUUCAUAAGAAAUGUAAUAAAUUUGCCAAGAAAACAAAAAUAAUACAUUUUGGUAUACACGACAUAUUUUGAUAUAAUUGGGGAAAAUUACAAGGAAUUACCCACUUACGACAAAGUUGGGGUAAGGAUAUAGCGUUAUGUUUAUGUGUGAUUUAUGAAUUACCUGUAUUUGCAUUACUUUCAUAGGUUUACGAUUUGCCCAUGCUCUGGCAAGUCAAUAUUGAACUAAUAGCAAUCAUACUUCAAACAAUGUUCAAUAAUCGCGAACGAGUUUGUAUUCGCAUGGUGCAAAGUAAAUGAAACGUCAACAUUACUAUUGAUAAAAAGACGUUUUGAAGAUUUUGACCAAAUAUAUAUUGGUCAAGUAUGAGAAUUCCUUGAACGAGUUCGUGUUUAAGGUUGCGAAGAUCAAGGACACUAUCACAGUUACAUUAAAUGUGGUUUCUCUACCAGCCCUCACAUAUAAAACAAUUAAAGUUGGAUAAAAUUGAUAGUGUAUCAAAAACUAAUUAAUUGUAUUGAAAAUACCCAUUUUUACCAUUAAUUAGUUUUAUUAUUUUUUCAAAAGAAAUUAGUUCAUGUACAUAUACUUUUUUUUAUCUCUUAUGCAUUAAAAACUGACAUUUACAUUUUAUAGUAGGAGUAAGGGACUAAUAUUUUGUAAUAAUACCAACCGGAGUAAAAAAAUAGAAAGGAGAAAAAAUUAAAAUAAAAAAAAAUAGGAAAAAAACAAAAUGAUGGCAAUGCUUUGUUAUUGAAUGCAUUUCCUCCUAAAAAAUCUUUCGUUCAAAUUUUAUCAUUUUAUUUUGAAUGUCAUUGCUAUUAAUAUAUGUUAAACAAUAAACUUCUAUUUAAUAGCCAUUAUUUAUUAUAAAUUAGACACAGAUAAAUCACAAAUUUAAUUUUGAUUAAUAACCAAUAUUGAGUAACUGUGUUAAAGGCAAUAAUUCACAAGUCAAUAUGCAAUGUAUAAAUGUUUGGUUAUAAAAAAAAGAAGAUAUUUUUGUUUUGUUUUGAAAAAAAAAGAUAUAUAACAACUGUCAAUAAUUCAGGCAUAAUUAAUAAAUACUGCUUCUA